ACCCAUUGUCAAGGAUAUCACAAGAAUGCAAAUGCCACAUACCAAGUCAACAGAAUUAGUCACAGCUGACAAAAGUGUAGAUGCAACAGAGGAACCUGAACAUCAAGUCAUAGUCACGGAUACAGCACAAGAAAAUGAUAGCAUGGGUCUUGUUAAGGAAAAGAGUGUGUCUCAAAAAAGAAAGCAGAGAAAAAGGUCAGAUGGUUCCAAAGGUGGUAGCAAUAAAUCAUCAUCAAACAAUUUAAUGUCAAUGCUUCCACCAACAAGUCCACAAGAUGACCAGUCUGACCACGAAUCUGACACGACUGCUGAACCACAAUCAGAACCAGAAGACUUUGAUGAUCAAAGGUCAGAUUCCAUUGCAAGCUCAGUGGUCAUUCAUGAGUUCGAGACAGGUGAAUCUGAUGUCAAGGGACAUGUUCCAGUGGUGGAGGUGUCUGAAAGUGAUGGAACACCAAAUGGUACUUGAUAUAUAGUCGGAUAUGUCAUAGGUCAAGUUGUUUGUUGUCGUUGUAAGUUUUAAAUAUCUAAAACAGGUUUUAAUUGGUUGGUUAAGAAAGGAGAAAUAAUUUUUAUAACAUAUCACCUCAGAACUGUCGCGAUAGGGCCCACCAGUCCUCUCUCAUCCGGUGUAUGAAACACUGACCAACUAAGGUUUCCUUUAUACAUGUAGGCUGAUUUUUAAUUAAGUGUGCUUAAUCAGGUACUUGCUUGUAUUCAGGUGCAUGCUCACUAGUUCACUCCUUUUGUUUAGGGUACCCACAUCCAGUUUGCAUGUGGUUUGCACAUAAUUAUUUGUUUUAGAUGAGUUUUUGCUUAGUUUUCUAUCUCUGUCAGAAGAUAAAAAGGAAUAUCUGUGUUGAGACAAAACUAAGAAAGUAAAAAUUCAGAUAACUUUUUUGUAAUUAGAUAGAGCAAAUGUAAAUCUCAUCAGAAAAAAUAAUGAAAAAUGUUUGUGUGAAUUAUUGAUGUAUUAGCUUUGUAAUUUACCAGGAGAUUUGAAUCAGGUUCCAGGAUGACCUUUACCGGACCAGGUCCGGCUGUGAGGUCAAACGACCAAAGUACCUUGGAGACUAUCUUUAGAUAAAGAUCAGACACUGCAUGAUUUUGAACUUGGAGACUAUGUUUAGUUUAAGAUUAAACACUGCAUUAUUUUGAACUCAACUUGAGUUUAGAUUAUACUAUGGGUAAGACAGAUACUGUUUGCUCUCAGAAAGACAGCUUUAGAUAAGUCAUUUUGUUAAUGUUUAUCGGUUCAGGUUCUUGUGCUUUUAAAGAGGAAAAGAUGUAACAAUAGGAUUAGAAUACAGAUCGACUUAUGUAAGCUGAUCUCACCUGGGGACUGGGCAUUGUAAAAUCGUAAAAUCAGCACGCAUACCUGAAUAUAGAUUGAUUCUGCUCUGAACUUAACUGUCUAUGUCUUGGUUUCCCUAUUCUUGUGGCUUAUUACACAGUACAUUAGCUUUG